AUGAAGUUAAUAUUAAAAUUGUUUCAAAAACAUGGUAUCUCAAUUUUAACUCCAAAUGAUUUCCAUCCUAGCGACAAGAUGGCCCUUGAUCCAGUAAAAAGAUUGUUUGAAAAAAUAACCGAUAUGCUUUUGUCGAUCAUUUGUGAUAUUAGAGCUAAUGAAUCAAUCGAUCCAAAUCAAAGAAACCAACUCGAAGAACAAAUUGUAAAAAUUGAAAACAUCAUUAAAUAUUUAACCAAUCUAGGUAUUAUUUAUCGUAUUUCAACCGCAUCAGUAUUGGAAGAUAUGAAGCAAUCAUUAGAACAAUUUGAACUUGAUGGAAAUGUAAUACCUGAAAGUGUUAAAUUAGUAUCCAAAUACAGAGAAGAAGAGGUUAGAGUUUUCGAAAGAAUUAUUGAAAUCAUUGAACCAGAUGAAUAUGAAGAAUCUGAAGAUUCAUCAUUUCCCUUUACUGAUUCAAUGAGUGCAGAUGAAAGAAGAAGAGUAAUAACCUUAACAUUUUAUUUAAAAAGAAUACUUUCCAUUAGAGAGCUUUCAUGUUUUGGUGAACAAGCCAGAUUCAAAGCCAGUGGCAGAACUGCACUUCAGGUGUGUAUUUUUGAUGGUUGCCAGGCAAUGUUUGCAAACAGCACAUCUUAUGACUCUCACGUAACCCAACCACAUCGAAUUCUAUCUAAAGAAGAUGCUCAAAAGUAUAAACAAGUUUUGGAAGAUCAAGAAAAAUUCAAAAACAAAUUUAAUGGUGUAUUUAGAAAAUUUGAAAUACAACCUGAUCAAUCGAAAUGCAAUAUUUUCAUUUUAGAUUCUGAAACAACUGGCCUUACUUCCAAUGCAGAAAUUAUUGAACUUUCGUGUGCUUGUUUAAAUGGGGAAGCAUUUUAUCGUAAAUCAAAUCCAACCAUCUCCAGAGUCUACCAAAAUCAACAAUCUCACAAGCCAUGA